GGCCGGGCGCGCGCGGCGCACGUGACGCCGGUUGCCAGGGUGAAAGGUCAGGCGCGCCGCGGCACUCCCAACAUGGCGGCGGCCAAGGCGGCCGAGGCGGCGGCGGCGCCGGCGGGAGCGGCCCGCAGCCUGGGAGCCCCGGCCCCGGCGGCGGCGGCGGCGGCCCGAGCCCGGCGGCUGCCCCCGCUGCUCGUGCUGCUGGCGGCGGCGGCGGCGGCGGGGCCCGGGGCGGGCGGCGCGGCGCGGCUGUACCGCGCGGGCGAGGACGCCGUGUGGGUGCUGGACAGCGGCAGCGUGCGCGGGGCCACGGCCAACAGCUCGGCCGCGUGGCUCGUGCAGUUCUACUCCUCGUGGUGCGGCCACUGCAUCGGCUACGCGCCCACCUGGCGGGCCCUGGCCGGGGACGUGCGAGACUGGUCUGCUGCCAUCCGCGUUGCGGCUCUGGACUGCGGGGAGGAGGAGAACUAUGAGGUGUGCCGAGCCUAUGACAUCCACUUCUACCCCACCUUCCGGUAUUUCAAGGCGUUUACAAAGGACUUUACAACUGGAGAAAACUUUAAAGGGCCCGACCGAGAGCUGCAGACGGUGAGGCGGACGAUGGUUGACUUCCUGCAGAACCACACGGACGGAGACAGGCCGCCUGCUUGCCCGCCGUUGGACCCCAUUCCGCCCAGCGACGUCCUUUCCCUUGUGGACACUCCCGGUGGCCGUUACGUGGCCGUCCUGUUUGAGAGCCACGGCUCCUAUGUCGGCCGUGAGGUCAUCUUAGACCUGCUUGCGUAUGAGAACAUCGUGGUGAAGAGAGUGCUGAGCGCGGAGAAGGGCUUCCUGGGGCGACUCGGGGUCUCUUCCCUUCCGUCCUGUUACUUGAUUUACCCAAACGGGACGCGUGGGUUGAUUAACGUCGGGAAGCCCCUCCGAUCGUUUUUUUCCUCUUAUUUGAAGUCGUUGCCGGAUGUGAGGAAAAAAUUGCUUUCAUUGCCUGAAAAGCCCAACGAGGACGAGAAUCCCGAAGUCGUGGUUUGGAGAGAAUUUGACAGGUCAAAGCUCUACACGGCGGACCUGGAGUCGGGGCUGCACCACCUCCUGAGGGGAGAACUGGCUGCCCACAAGGCCCUCGCGGGGGCCGAGCUGCGGACUCUCAAGGACUUCGUCACCAUCCUCGCCAGGCUGUUCCCUGGCCGGGCGCCCGUCAGGAAGCUGCUGGAGACGCUGCAGGAGUGGUUGGCCAGCCUUCCCCUGGACAGGAUCCCCUACAAUGCCGUCCUUGAUCUGGUCAACAACAAGAUGCGGAUCUCCGGAAUAUUCCUUACUAAUCACGUAACGUGGGUUGGAUGUCAAGGAAGCCGGCCGGAGCUCAGGGGCUACACGUGCUCUCUCUGGCAGCUGUUCCACACUCUGACUGUCGAAGCCGGGGCCCGCCCAGAGGCACUGGAUGGCACAGGUCUGGAGGAUGACCCCCAGGCCGUGCUGCAGACCAUCCGGAGGUACGUGCGCACCUUCUUCGGCUGUAGGGCGUGCAGCGAGCACUUUGAGGCAGUGGCUAAGGAGUCCAUGGGCGCGGUGAAGACCACGGACCGAGCGAUUCUCUGGCUGUGGGAGACUCACAACUUAGUCAACAGCCGCCUGGCAGGCCAUCCCAGUGAGGACCCCAAGUUUCCAAAGGUUCCGUGGCCCACCCCGGACCUCUGCCCCGCCUGCCACGAGGAGGUGAAGGGCAUGCUCCGCUGGCACGAGGGCCAGGUGCUCCUGUUCCUGAAGCGGCACUACAGCGGGGACAAUCUCGUGGACACGUACGCGGCAGACCUGGGGGACCCCGGCGAAGGAGGCGGCCCACACCAGGGCGGGGAGCAGGAGAAGGGCCUCGCCUCCCCAGGGAAGCCUCGGAGAGACCAGCGCGCCGAGAGUCUCCGCCCACCCAGCGGGCCGCCUCCCAGACCCCGCCUGUCGGACGGCUCGCAGCUCGGCCUGGACGGGAGACUGCGGAGCGCGAGCGGAGCUGAGGGCCGCAGAGAGGCGGAGGUGGCUGUGCCCUUCCUCGGGAUGGGCUUCUCUGGCCUGGACAUGAGCCUCUGCGUCGUGCUCUACGUGGCCUCUUCCUUGUUCCUGAUGGUGAUGUACUUUUUCUUCCGAGUGCGGUCCAAGCGGUGGAAAGUCAGACAUCACCGGCCGUCCGUGUAGAACCAAGCGGGACCACAGAAGCGCCUUUGGGGAAACAGCCCCACCAGGCCACCUGCAGCUUUCACAGAUCAGGGAUUUUAUAAACAGCGAGACCCGGUUUUACUUCCAGUGGCGGGCAGGCCAGCGUUUGCCGUGGGCCCGCGUGCCCUCCUGGCGCGCUCCCUGGACGCCUGUACAGGGCCGACAGCAAA